ACUUUCUCUCACUCAUCAUAACAACUCUUUUCUACACUCUCAAACACACACCUACAUCAACCACAUCUUCAAAAUGUCCUUCCACAAGACCUCUAUCCCCACUUUCCGUGGUAUCGCUACGAGCGCCAUCAGCUUCCUCACCACCGCCAAGGAGGAGCAGUCCAAGAACGAGGCUCUCCCUAGCGAUGAGGAGGUCCUCGACUCCCAAUUCGGCGACAUGCUGCCCUUCCGCAUGCAACCCAUCAUCCUCGCCAAGUUCAUGCUCGGACCAUUGGAGAACACCAAGCCUUCGGCCAAGUCACCUACUCUAGACCCGACCUCCUUCAAGUCCCUCGACGACGUCAUCAACUUCCUCAAGCAGCUCGUUGCUGUCAUCGACUCUGUUGACGAGAAGGCAUGGAACGAGAGCGCCCAGAACAAGCUUGACAUUGAGGUCGCCAGCAAGACCCUCCACAUCACUGCCGUUGAAGACCACGUCACCAGCUUCGUCAUUCCCAACAGCUACUUCCACCUCAACACUAUGUACAUGCUGUUGAGGAUGACUGGAUUCACUCUCGGCAAGAUGCACUACAUCGGCCCCUUCAUGAGCGAGCAGGCGCGCAAGGACUGGGCCCCGUUGAAGGGUUAAGCGUUGACUAACUUACGGAGUUUCAACGACAUCUCUCCAUCAGGCUAGAAGGAUUUGGAUUAGAAAGCUUGAAUGACUCUAACAAGCUUGGUUCUUGUAGUUAGGUCAACACUAAAUCAAACAUGAAUCAAUUCACUAUGAAACCUUGAAGA